AUGGUGCACCCCGAUUUUUUCCCUCAACAAGUUGUGUCUUCGAAUGUCCAUGGUGUUGUUGUGAAGGCGGUAGAUAUUGGUAACUUAUUUAAAAAUGAGCAAGAGUUUGAAUGUUGUGAUCAAAUGUUUCAAUGGAUUCGUAUGGAGACCUCCAAACUGGGAUUCAUUGUGGUUAUCAGAAGGUCCGAUAAUGGUUUAGAUAGAAUAUGUGCUCUUGUGACAAUGACGUGUGAAAAAAGAGGGAAAUAUAGAACUCCACUUCAAAAUUUAAAACGAGACGACACCAGUUCAAGAAUAUGUGAGUGUCCCUUUAAGAUGUGUGGUUAUAUUAAAGCCAGUGUUGUGGCCGAUGUGUUAAGUAGGAAGUCGUUGCAUAUGUCGCUGUUGAUGGUUCAAGAAUUGGAAUUGAUUGAACAACUUAGUGACAUGAGUUUGAUGUGCGAAGAGACUCCAAGCAUUGUGAAGUUGGGCAUGUUAAAGAUGAUCAGUGGUAUCCUUGAAGAAAUUAGAGAAUGA